AUUUAGUGUAUGCCAUGGGAUAGUCUCAACAAGGUUGUGUAACUUGGCCUUUUAUCUUGACUAUGCGGCUUCCAAAUAACCAUUCGCAUGGUGACUCUUCUGUGUAUGAGGUUGAAAUGGGCCGACGAGGCGUCGUACGCCCUUUGGAUGUUGUCGACGUUACCGUGGAUACGGAAUCAAGUACAACAUUUAGCCAUGAAAAGGCCGAUAUGACUUCUGGAGAAUCAUGUGAUACAGAAAGUGUUGUAAAUGUAGCGGUGAGUUUAAAUGCAGUCAGUGAGGAAGUAGGUUUGAAUAUAGCGCUUGAUACUUCGGAUGAUGCCCCGCUUCGCGAUAUGACUUCAUCUGGUUCCAAUGAUGAGUUCUAUGAUAUCACCUUGGAAUCUUCUGAUACAACUAACGUUGGUGAUCUAGAGGCAGGUUGCAACGAAUCCACUAACAAUGCCAAUGAUGAUACAACAUCUACAUCGCCACCUUCGGAUGCUGCCGUUACUCCAUCCUCUAUACCUGCUCCUAUAUUAUAUGAUAUGCGCCGUAUGUUGUUUUCCUUUGCUUUAUGCUGGUUUAGUACGUUUUUCAGUCAUGUGUUGCGUAUGCCGCUGUCUACUACCAAAGUGAGUUUGCAGCGGGCGAUGAACCUAACUACUCGUGACUUGACCCAUUUGGACACAUCGUAUUCCAUUUGUCAUGUUUUAGGGCAAGCGUGUGCCCCUGCAAUGUCUGCUAGGACUAACAGUGUGAUCCUAGUUGCAUUAUACCAAUUCCUUAUGGGUUUUGUCAUGAUGCUUUUAUUUGCGCCUACUAGUUUUUACUACUUCAUUAUUGUUUAUGGUUUCGUCGGCUUUAUGGCGGGGCCAACCUGGGCUGUUUUAUUCUCUCAUCUAUCGGAGUGGCUGCCUACUGAGUACAGCUUCCCAUUGAUCACACUUUGGUUUGCUGGAUCUGAGUUAGGAUCUAUGGCUGGCAUAUUGAUUUGUAUUUAUGCCGACUCAACUUGGGGUUGGCGUAGCACCUUUGUUGUCAGCGGUUUACAGAACAUGGGCAUCGGUAUUAUGCUGUUUUGUCUAUAUGACAACUGCAAGGACGCCCUGUCCGACGGCCGUUUAGUUGACCCGGUGUCGAUAGUGCGUGGCAACAUGGAGAGCUUAUGGAAGUUCAUAGGCCGUCUGCGUGAGCGCACUUAUAUGGAAACUUUCAUAGAGGGUGAGAGCAAUGAGAGUGAGCCUCUUCCCAGGGACCCUCACCGUGAAUUCAUCCUUUCGGGCUUGACUAAUGCAAUUCCCCAAGCCAGAAGCUCUGCGAGUGGAUUUAACAUAAAGUUGCAGCUAUUGCUAUCCCGGAUGUAUGCCCUAUUCUCUAAGGUUCAUAGCAUGACAGUGAACUACGUAUCUGUUAUAACCCGUGUGAGUUACAUGGGCCGUAUAGCUGUAUCGUCGUUUACCUUGAAGCUGGUCAAACAUUGUUUCUGUUCCUGGGUUAAUUUCUACGUCUCCACGAUGUUCGGGUUCACUCCAGCCCAGGGGAACUACUUGACACUGACCCUGAGCGUCGGCAACUGCAUUGGCAAUGUGCUUGUUGCUUUGGUAUGCCGUCUAUUCUGGAAAGGCAGGCCGCUGACUGCGUGCACAUGGUUCUUUGGCAUUAGUGCAGUGGCAGUCCUUUUGUUUUCACUGAUGGACUUCAGCUGGCUGAUUACAUCGUAUGCCUGUUGCUUCCUUUGCGGCGUGUCUACCACCGCCGCUGAGGCUAUAUUGAUGGCUCGCGGCAUAAAAUCACUGUGUGAGCGCUCAAAACUGAACCAGCAGGAAUCGUUUAUAGUCUAUGGAUUCCUUCUGGCCGCUUCAACCCUAGGAUCGGUUUGCCAGGGUUUCCUAGUUGCCUCCAUUGUUGAUUGGUAUGGGUGGAGCGCUUUACUGGGUAUCUUUGUGGUUGCCCUCAUGGGCGCCACCGUGCUUUUAUUCAAGCCAUCUCAAACCGAGAGUUAAUAUAUUUGUAGUAUAAUUCGAUAUAUAAUUCCCAAU